AUGGACGAAGCCGCCAAGACUGGAAAGAGCAUUCGCAAAGCCCGACGGAGCUUCGCCAAUUACAAGACCAAGAUGACUUCCCUUCGUUGUCCCGACGGAACAGUUACUGCAUCUCGAAGGGCAGUGAAGAAGAUCAUCUACGUCUUUUACUCGGAUCUCUUCGAUAGCCACGUCUACCAGCCUACCCAACAUCUUGGGCAAGACGAAUAUAUCGCUCCUCCGGCUCUCCUUUCCGAAAUACGGUAUGCCAUCCCGUCGAUGAAGAACUGUACGACGCCCGGUACCGAAGGAUCAAACCAGAACAUCUGA